AUGGUGGUCACGCCUGGCCGAGUGCGCAUGACCUUAACGCAGAAGUUUGCAGUGUGCGAACAUUAUGCUCAAAACAAGCACCUGUCCUUGAGUGCAUUGGCGAUGUGGGCCCACGAAACGCUCAAACUUCCCAAGGCACCCGCGAAGUCGACCAUGCGGUUGAUCCUGGGAAGCCCACCCACAGCAUGUCUUGUCCAUGAGCGCCCGCGAAGCAAAACAAUUCAGCCAGUCACGUCCCCCGAACUUGAGCAAAAACUGCUCCAAUGGAUUCGCUUUUGCGAGAGUUCAAGCUUGACCAUAGUAACUCAGCACACAAUCCGAUACAAAGCAGAACGAAUUCGCAACGUUAUGCUGCCACAAGUCGACUCGCAAGCUACGGCCGCCAAACGCCUCAGGUUACCAAAUUCUUACGUCGGCGCGCGUUGA